AUGAGCGGCAGCUCGAACCAGUCAACUCGAACGAGUCCCGGCUCUUUCGGCACGACCCAACGCACAGAGUCUGUAUCAUCUGGUUCCUCGCCGCUUCAGCAGUCACUCUCUUCCCAGGCGCCCGCGACAAAUCAGCAUGCGAUGUCGACCGACGUGUAUAGCCCGACUGUCUCACAAGCGCCCGCUUCUUUAACUCCUACCUUUACAUACCCCUUCUCGCCUCUCGGUCCAUCCUCCUCCUUCGAUAACGGAAUGCGACUGGGUGAUUCCGAUCGCAACCUCCAGGGUCUGAAUGGCCUGGGGCGUGCCAACAGCGGUGGUUCGAUUCUCAUGCGCAAACUGCCCCGUAAUACUAGUCGCGAAGCCCUCCGCAGCAUGCUCUUGUUCGCCAAGGACUUUGUCGAUGCCGACUUUGUGACCUCUGACCAUCCGGAAGACGAUGGUUUCCUAAGCGCGAUCGCGCGCUUUAACACGCUCCCCGCCGCCGAGGAGGCUCGUGCCCUCCUGGAUGGUAAGCCGAACUCGAAAAAUGAUGCGACCAUGGUCGUCGAAAUGUACCCCGGAGCCGUCGGAUCCAACCUGGUCAACGCGCGUCGCAACACGAUCGAUCACACCGCAACUCGGGGAUUAUUGGGUGGAGGCUCCUCCAACGGUCCGUUGUCUCGUCAGUCCUCGCGUUUCAACGGCACGUUCCAGAGCUUGGAGCGCCUCUCUUCGGCCAAUCCUUCUUCACAAGCCAUCGGCGAAGGCUUGCCUUCCGCCUCCGAGUCGGGAUCCCGCUUGCAUAACCUUUUUUCUCCAAAAUCUCCGAUCGGAAACGGCUUGGGUGAUCUGCCACGCGUCACUGGAAAGUCUAUGAUUGAUGAGGAUCCUGAUGAAGAGACUGGAGAGCUACUGAAGGACCCUGUGGGAUACGCAGAGAAUGGCCAUUCCGCCUCGGUUUCGUCCCGUCGAUCGACCAACCCCCAGAUCCCGACCGGCCGAUUCGGCAGUCUAUCCUUAUCCACCAACAUGUCCUCUCCGCCUUUGCCAAACUAUGGUCCCAAUGGUCCCAGCAACGGGCCUAGCGGGCAACGCAUGAGCGCAAGUGGGCCCUCCUCUGCUUACCCUGGCGCUGUGAAUCACGGCCACGGCUAUCCUUAUGGCAGCCAACACACUCCCCGUCAUAGCCUGCCGGCAGCGAACCCGAACGAUCUCAACCCUCCUUGCAACACGCUCUACGUGGGCAAUCUCCCACCUGACACGUCUGAGGAAGAAUUGAAAGCCCUUUUCUCCAAGCAGCGUGGUUAUAAGCGGCUUUGCUUCCGUAAUAAGCAGAACGGCCCCAUGUGCUUUGUGGAAUUUGACGAGGUCGCAAUGGCCAGCAAAGCUCUGAAUGAGCUGUAUGGUUACAAACUCUCCAACAGCGUGAAGACAGGCAUUCGUCUCAGUUUCUCGAAAAACCCUCUUGGUGUCCGAUCAGGUCAGCCCGGCAGUAUGAGUUCCUCCAAUCCUCUCUCUGGCCCUAGUGUUACCCCAGGAGGAAGCAGUCUGGGUGGUGUCCAUAAUCAUAUGUUCUCGUCCGUGAGCGGUCCACCUCCUGGCCUCGCGGCGCCUCCGGGCCUUGCCAUGCCUAUGCCUAUGCGCAACGGCAACCCGAUGCAUGCACAGGGAAAUCCGCAUGCGAUUCAUCAAUCAUUCAACCACAAUUCCGGCUUAGGCAUUCGGACCAACGGAGGUAAUUCUAUGAUGAUGUCGCCACCUCCUGGUGGCACCCCCCCGGCAACAGCGCGGGGCCAAACAUGA